UAAAACCCUCUCGUACCGCCUCCCAUUACAGACAUGUUUACCCCUACAUCAAGCGAGCGAGAGUCAGUGAGCAGAGGAAACAAGCGAGCAGUGGCAGCUGGCGCUGGCGGAGCCGCAGUACGGCACCUCAGCAAGGACAAUCCUAUCGAGAGCUUUUAGGAAUAGCCGUUGGGACAACACGCGGCGACGUCACAAAACUUGACAGGAAGUAUUCUGCUGCUAGCGGUCAGCUGAUCAAGCAAACGUCUACAGGUCCAACAGGCAAAGAUGGCCUACCCUAAAUCCCACAACCCGUUUGCAGACGAUGACGAUGAUGAAGGUUUUAGGCCUAAAAAUAGGGGGUUCGAUGACGACUCCAGUGACAGUGGGAUGAGUGAAGCAGAGAGGAGACAGAAGCACCUCCAGCAGGAAGUGAUGCGUACAGCUCAGUCAGCUGUGGACAGCAGUUACCGUUCCAUCGGCCUCAUCUAUCAAUCAGAGAAGAUGGGUGUGGAAACUGCUGAAGAGCUGGUGCGACAGGGUGAGGUUCUGAAGAGGGCCGACAAGAUGAUGGACAACAUGGAUCAGGACCUGAACACCAGCCAGAAGCACAUCAACAGUAUCAAGAGUGUGUGGGGGGGCUUUGUCAAUUACUUUAAGGGUAAGCCAGAGACAAAGCCACCACCUGAGGAGCCAAAGGCCUACCAGGCAAACGAGAGAUUACAGAACGCCAUGUCCAGCAGCAAAGAAAAUGAAGAUAAGUACCAAGCCAGCCACCCUAACCUAAGAAAGUUGGAUACAGGAGGGUUUGGAGCUUCUGCAUCAAUGGAUGACAGCUCAUCUAGACAGAAUGGAUACUCUCAGAACAGACACCUCCAAGAGGCUCACCAGACCCUCGACAAAAACCUAGAUGAGAUGUGCGGCGGCUUGAGUAGACUGAAGAGCCUUGGACUCGGCCUCCAGUCUGAGAUUGACGACCAGGACGACUCCAUUGAUUCUCUGAUGAAUAAAGUGGACAAGAUGGAUCUCAGGAUCCACAACACGAACCAACAGAUCAAAAACCUCAAAUAAAGCAAACAUUUGGACUGACCUUUACAGAGACAAGACACAGCAACAGGUCAUCCUCUCACUUGGCUCUCCUUCCUGACCUCCGGUCAAUACACUAUGUGAUCUUAUUGUCUUUAUGGAUGACUAAAAAGUCAUUUCAGAACAUUCAUUUCCGUGUCAGUUUUGUCCAUAAAUUCCUCCUGUGAAUUGUUCAUUUGUGUGCUUUGCCAGGAAGAUUUUAUCCCAUGUGCAUAUUAGUUGUAAGGGACUGUCCAGGUAAAAUUCAUUUCUUUAUCAAGCUACGCUGAGUGAUGAGAGACGUACAAUUGGCUACUAGUUUUCUCAUCAACAGAUAGUUUGACUAAUGAGGAAGAGCUUUUUAAAUUCAUUAAUAAAAGACAAGAACACGGCAUAUGUCUGAAACAGGAAUGUUUUGUGUGUCUGGUUCAUAUGUCAGUGUUAACUUCCUGGACCUCCCUCCACGUAUGUACUAAAAAACACUUUAGAAGUUCGCGUCACUUUUGCCUUACACAUAUUUUGUAUGUACAGUAGACUAGCUUUUGGUUCUGUGCCAUGAUUCUGUCUUCUGUGCUACAUCUCACGAUGAGAUGCUUCACUUUUUGAUUCUUUGAAGGUUUAGUUUGAAGUACAUUCAUGUUCUUCAGUUCUUUCCUGAGCUUUAUAUAAAUAUUGUUUUGAAUUCUGCAGAAUGUUAUUGAGUGAAUUAUUGUACAGCGUAAAUAAUGUGAACAAGCUGUGAAUAUAAAAACUCAAAACUGGAACAUCAUGAAACUUAAAACCUAAAAAAACAUUUAGGAGUUAAAACAUCAGGUAAUAAAAUUAUCAACCAUAAGAUAACAAAUAAGCCUUCGUGGUCACAAUGUUUAAUUCUUGCAUUGUAUAUAAUGUAUUGUAAUUAAAACCACAUACCCAAUAAAAGCAUUUUAAGGGGA